AUAAGAGGGCCCUGCUGACCCUCACAGUGAGCCUAGCAUAGAAAUCCACUCAUCUGCUAGACACAGCAUUGCCGCGCACACCCCCACUCGUCACCCACACCGCCGAUCACUCCAAGAAGACGACGUUUCAGAGAACCAUUUCUGGAGCCAUAAGGGGUUCUAACUGCUCAAAAUGAACCUUGAACCUCCCAAAGCUGAUAUCAAGUCGGCUACCCGUGUUUCCGGAGGCCCUGCCACACCGCGCAAGGGACCCCCAAAGUUCAAGCAGAGGCAGACUCGACAGUUCAAGAGCAAGCCUCCAAAGAAGGGAGUCCAGGGUUUUGGAGAUGACAUUCCUGGAAUGGAAGGUUUAGGCACAGACAUCACUGUCAUUUGUCCCUGGGAGGCCUUUAAUCACUUGGAACUGCAUGAGCUGGCCCAGUAUGGUAUCAUCUGAGCUUUUCAGCAUCCUCCAUGUACUUUAAACACUCAGCCUCAGGCUCGGCCUCUGGUGGAACUACUCCAGAAAUACCGAAAUAAUGAACUGUAACAACAUAAAAAAA